AUGGCAUCCUCAAGCUCCAGCUCCAGCUCCAGCUCCAGGUCGGACAACACUUCUCUCACCUGGCCGAACACCGGGGGCCACCACUUGCCCAGUUCCCCAAGCCCAGACCGACCACCGAGCACGAUACUUCGGGCCGCGUGCAAUGACUGCCACCAGGCAAAAGUCAAGUGCAUUUUCGAGGCGCAGUCGUCGGCGUGCGUCAGAUGCCGGAAGCGGGGCAGAGACUGCACACGCAGCGUCUCGAAGCCGCUCGGUCGGGCAAGGAAGAAGCCGAAGCGGGCCAUGUCGAUGUCUUGUACGCCGCAGAACAAUAACGACGACGACAUCGGCGUGCUGAUGAGCCCCGGCGCCGGGGAACGGGACUGCUCCUACUGCCCCUAUGCGGAUCCCGGCGCCGACUGCUGCCUCCACACCAACAGCAACAAUCGUGGGGAGGACCUUGACCCGCUGUUUGUGCCGCCCGUCAUCGACGCGAGCAUGGAUCUGUGGUUUGAUGACUCGGCCGGCCUGGCCAGCACACCACUGUUGCCUAAAGACAUCACCGACAACAAAGCCUCCUCCACCGAUCCCCAGGGGGAAGGAGAAGCCCACCCACCUGUUUCGGAGAUUAGUGCCUGCAGCUGCAGCGCCGCGUUGGCGGCCAUGAUGCACGCCUUCGUCCCGGGCAGCAGCAGAAACAACAGCAUGGCUCGACCGCCCGACACACUGCUGCGGCUAAACGUGACGGCGCUAGAAGUUGCGCGCGGCCAUCUGGAGUGCCCGAGACGGCACGGAGGAGUGUCCGUCCGGAUGCUGGUGCUGCACCUAGUGCAAGCGGCAUUGGCCAACUGUCGGGAAGUAGCAUCUGCGUUUCAGGGCCACCAUGUCGCCGACGAGUGCGUGCAGGUCAGGCUGGGCUCGUAUGCCGUCGACAAUGAUGACUGUGGAGAGAGUGCGCGGCUGCUGGCUCAUCGCAUCAUCGCGCUGCAGGUGCAGAAGAAGAUCCUGCCGCUCGUUGACGCGUUACUGACGUUUCAACGGCGGCAUGGCGGGAGUGACGACAGUGGCGGUUGGGGGCCUGCGGAAGAGGAAGAUGAUGAUGAAUGGGCGUGUCGGUUGAUGGCGGGGCUGCUGAGGGCGGAGGCGGAUGGCAUGAUCGCCGUGCUUUCUUCCUAG